GAUCAAACAUGAGUUCUUCAGCCAACCUAACCUGUAAAAAUGGUAUUUUAAUACCAGCUCUCGAAACAACCCCAAGGAAUGCAAUACUCUACUUGGCUGGAUUGUUUUAUUGUUUCUUGGGUAUCGCAAUUGCGGCUGACAUUUUCAUGUGCUCAAUUGAGCAAAUCACGAGUGCAACAAAGAAAGUAAAGAAACAAAAGAAAGCCGGACAACUUGUAGCAAAAGAAGAAGACGAAGAAAUUGAUGAACAAUAUGAUUAUGUUCGGAUUUGGAAUCCAACAGUUGCCAAUUUAACAUUAAUGGCACUCGGAUCUUCGGCACCCGAAAUCUUGCUCUCCAUCAUUGAAAUUGUUGGAAACGGGUUUAAAGCCGGCGACCUGGGACCUGGUACAAUUGUUGGCUCAGCUGCAUUCAAUUUGUUCUGUAUCUCUGCAAUUUGUGUGUUUGCUGUUGGAACUCAAACCAAGAGAAUCGAGUUAUACAGAGUAUUUGUUGUCACCGCAUUUUUUGGAACUUUUGCAUACAUUUGGGUGUUUUUGGUUCUCAUUGUCAUAACGCCGAAUGUCGUCGAUGUUUGGGAAGCAAUCCUUACUUUAUUAUUCUUUAUUAUACUUGUUGUGGUUUCUUAUGCUGUAGAUGCUCAAAUUUGGAAGAAAAAGAAGUCAAGUGAUCUCCAGGAAGAGCUUGAGAUGGCUCAACACGAUGGAAAAGUUGAUGAUCAACCAGAAAAAUUGAGUGAUGAAAUCAAAAAAUGGGCAAGUAAUCUGAGUUUGAACAAAGAGGAGAAUGACGUAAUUGUUGAUGCGACUCCAUCUGUAGAUACCGUUAGAAGAUGGACAAGAUCAAUUUCUCACACGUAUCCGUCUCUUUCCGAUGAGGAUCAAGCGAAGAUUUUGGCUUAUCGUGUAUCGAGAACCAUGUCACAUGACCGUCUCUACUACCGUAUUCGAGCAAUCCGUCAGUUGUCGUCUUCAUGGAGGAAGAGUGAAGAGGAAGAAGUUUUGAAAAUGGAAAACCAAGAGAGUACAGAUUCUGCUAGUAGAAGAAAAACAUUCGUUGAAUUUUCUGCUCGUGUCUACCGAGUUGAUGCUACUGACGAGACCGUGUCCCUAAAGAUUGAGAGAAAAGGAAAUAUGGAAUCCAAGUUCACAGUCAGUUAUGCAACUGUCAAUGGUCUUGCAAAGAAGGAUUUGAACUUUUUGUUCAAGUCAGAAACUCUACAGUUCAAUCCAGGAGAACUUCAUAAAACGAUUUCUAUUCAACUGAUAAAUGCAGCUAACUGGAGGCCAAAUGAUGUUUUCUAUGUUCAUUUGAAGAUUCAAGAUGUAGACGAAGACUCCAAGAUUUGCCUCGGAGCAUGUAAUGUUGCUCAUGUUAAAAUGCCUGAUGAAUCUAAAAUGAUACUUGGAGGCCCCGUUGUGGAGUUUGUCAAACCAAAUUAUGUUGUCAAAGAGAACGCUGGAUUUUCCCGAUCGUUUGUAACAAGAAGAGGUGGAAAACUGAAAAAACCAUUGCAAGUUCAUUAUGAAACUGAAGAUGUUACUGCUAAACAAGGAGAUGAUUAUACUGCAGUUAAAGAUGGAAUUCUAGGAUUUGAAGGUCAAGAAUACGAGAAAUAUAUUGAUAUUGAUGUAAUUGAUGAUAAAAUGGAUGAGAAGGAUGAAGCAUUUAUCAUUGAACUUUUGAAAGUUGAUGAACCAGGAGUGUCAAUUGGAACUCGAAGAAAAGCAACGAUAACUAUAAUUUCUGAUGAUAAUGUUUUGAAAAAUAUCACAAAUGUUCGUAAACUAAUGGGGCACUAUAUGAGGCAGCUUCGACCAGGAAAAGCUACAUGGAAGGAACAAAUCUUGAAUGCAGUAUCAGUGAACGCAGGAGAUCUUGCAAACGCAACAGUAUCCGAUUGUAUACUUCACGCUCUUGCAUUCCCAUGGAAAUUUGCAUUUGCUUUCCUACCACCACCGACGAUUUUCUAUGGAUACCCGUGUUUCGUAGUAGCUCUGAUUGGAAUCGGUUUGGUGACUGCUGUUGUUGGAGAUGUUGCAUCGAUAUUUGGAUGUAUGGUUGGACUGAAAGAUGCUGUAACUGCAAUCACUCUCGUUGCACUUGGAACUUCUCUACCAGAUACUUUUGCUUCGAAGAUUGCUGCGGAAAGUGAUGAUACUGCUGACAACGCUGUCGGAAAUGUUACCGGAUCAAAUUCAGUAAAUGUGUUCCUCGGACUCGGCCUUCCCUGGGUGAUCGCAUCUCUUUAUUGGGCAUCGAAAGGAGAAUCAUUCCGCGUGGAUGCUGGUGAUCUCGGUUUCAGCGUCACAGUGUUCAUGAUCUGCUCAGUGCUCUUCCUUGUUGUUCUCGUUCUACGACGAAAGUUAAAAGCAUUUGGACAAGGAGAAUUGGGUGGUCCAUUCGGUACAAAAACACUGUCUGCACUGUUCUUCGUGGGCCUCUGGAUUGUCUACGUUGGACUUUCAAUCUGGAAAAUGUAUAGAAAAACUACAAAUUAAAACAUUUUGUGAUAUCCUGAAAAUGCGCUCUAAUGAUAUUUGAUAUUGAAUACUUGUGAUCUAGAGUUCUCAAACUUCAAAGUGGUCUAUCAACAUUUGAACACAUUUUCAGCAUUACAAUGAUCUGACCAAAUUAUAUAUCAACCUUGAUUCAAACCUGACCUCUCUGUGAUUGCAUAAUAAGUUUUUUUUGUUGAAAUUUUCGAUACUAUAAAAAUAAUAAAGUUUAAAGUUCU